AUGACUAUUAAUAACAAAAAGACAGGGCGCAAUAAAGCUAGCACUGCAUUUUUAAAUGAGCUUACUGAUAUUUAUGCAAACAAUAAGGCAGUAUUUCCAGAAUAUUUAUUGUCUUCUGAUGGCACAAGUGAAUCUAGGGCAAUUAAAUCAACAUCUAAAGGAAAAGAAAAUACUUAUAUUCUUCUUUUCCAUCAAAGUAAUGCCUCUACUUCAUCUUAUUCCGAUCAACCUUGCGAUGUAAAUGAUGAUUCUACUUCCACCCAGAAUGAUAAUGAUUCAGCUUCAUCUACCAAUUUUAAUCAACCACCACCAACAAAAAAAAAUGUUGCAAGCGAACUGGAAAAAUAA